GACCCAACUGCAUAGAUAUUUAUAUAUCAUCAUCAACCUCGGUAUUUGUGCAAGCUGGUUCCUUUGACACUCAUUUUCUCCUUGCCACAGAUCCAUGGCGGCCGUUUCUGUGUUUUUUUUUUUUUUUUUUUUUUUUUUUUUUUUUUUUAAAUUCUAGGGCGUUGGGCUUCCGAUUUUUUGUUUGUUUUGGACGCCUCUGCUUUUGAGUCUCUUUUCGGUUGUUUUUGUUGUUGCUCUUGUUUUAGUGUUGCUUUAUGAAGAUCUGAUAUGGGUUUUGAGCUGGGCCUUUGCAUUUUGUUGAUGUUUGUGGUUUAAAUUUUAAUGGGGUUGUAAUAGAUUCUUCUUCUUGAUUUCACGUGCUUAAUAUUCUUGUUGUGGUGGCUAUAGUUAAAGCUAUACUCAUUUUCCUUCUUGUUAUUUAGAACCGAGUGAGUAUUUUUCCGGUAAGUAUACACACUAAUUUGGAUUUGCUCUGUUUUGUGCUUUUUAUUUAAACUUACUUCGGCCCUUCCUUUUGGUAUUCUCAUCUGUGUUGUGCUGAUAUAUAAUUGAGCAUGAUGUCGUACUAACAAUGAAUUUGGAACUCUCGACAAAAUUUGGAGCAUACAAAGAGGAAUUGCGGGACCGUUGUAUAGACCAUUUUGAUUUGGAAUUUCCCUUUUUGGAAUUUACAUAUGUUGGGCCUCUGUGUCGGUGCACCAUUGUGAGUGGAAUCUCACGCAGGGGGUUACCCCACGCGCCUUUCGAUCAAAGAGGAUUAGACCUAAUCAAGGCGCAUGAAGAAAGGCAAUUCCAUUUGACAGAGUUUGCCCUGUGGAAGUCAGUUGGGUGUUGAGAUUGUCUUGGUUGGCAUCCAAGUGGAUUUUGUUAAAAGCAUCAGUUUGGUAUCUAAAGACUGUGGCGAGUAUUGGAAAUUUAUUAUCAUCACAGCUGCACUUUUAAGCUAUUUUGUUUGACUCAAGUGAGUUGCAUUAUAGGGCCUGAAAGACUUAAACUCACCUAGGUCAUCAUUGGAUGCUAUAACAUUUUUUUGAUAAGGAAUGCUAUAACCUUUUAUUGAAGUUUUUUGGAUAUGUUGGAUUAGACUUGUGGUUUACUGUGGUUAAGCAUUGUUGAUCCCAGAAAUUGCAAUGUCUCAGUGAUUGAAUUUUGAAGGUUGUACGUUCCAUCUCACAAACAAGAUUGGAAGCCAUGUGAUUUAUAAGUUUACACUCAACUGGAGGUCCCUUCUGUUGCUCAUAAGUGUUAUUUAAAUAUAGUAGUGGACUGGUACCUCUGUUUUGUUUGGAGUACCGAUGAAUAACAUGGAAUCUGAGAGUUCUACUUCUAACAAAAUUCUGGGUAGUCUCAAUCAGCUACUUCCUGCAGUUGCACCUAUGCUUCUGAUUUCGAUUGGAUAUGUUGACCCUGGAAAGUGGGCAGCAACUAUUGAAGCACGGAUUGGCUUGGUCACUGGAAGAGAUCUUGCUCAGAUUUGCUGGGAUGAGUACGAUAAGUUCACAUGCUUAUUCUUGGGAGUCCAAGCAGAGCUUUCUGUGAUUGCAUUGGACCUUACCAUGAUCUUGGGCCUUGCACAUGGACUUAAUCUUCUUUUUGGCUGGGACUUGUUCUCUUGUGUCUUUUUGACUGCUAUCAGUGCUGUUUUAUUUCCACUUUUUACCAUCCUCCUGGAAAACAGCAAGGCAAAGUUCCUAUGUAUAUGCCUAUCAGGCUUUAUUUUGCUUUCUGUCGUCCUUGGAGUACUCAUCAGUCAAUCAGAAGUCUCACUGUCCAUGAAUUUGACGGUAACAAAGUUAUGUGGGGAGAAUGCAUUCGCAUUGAUGAGUCUUCUUGGGGCAAGCAUCAUGCCUCAUAACUUUUUUCUCCAUUCUUCUAUUGUACAGCAACCUAUGUCAUCGCCAAACAUUUCCAAGGAUGCCUUGUGUCAUAAGCAUUUUGUUGCCAUCUUCAGCAUCUUCAGUUGUAUUUAUCUGGUGAAUUAUGUGCUGAUGGUCUCAGCAGCAAAUGUGUUAGACAGUGACGUCUUGCUCACUUUUCAGGACGCCAUGUCACUAAUGGAACAGGUUUUUGCAACUCCUCUAGCUCCCGCUGCCUAUCUAUUGGUUCUGUUUUUCUCUAAUCUAAUCACAUCAUUAACCUGGAGUCAAUGUGGGCUAGUAGUUUUGCAUGAUUUCUUAAGGCUAGACAUUCCUGGUUGGCUUCAUUGUGCCACAAUCAGACUUAUUGCUGUUGUUCCAGCCCUUUACUGUGUUUGGAGUUCAGGAGCUGAAGGGAUCUAUGAAUUGCUUAUAUUCACACAGGUGAUGGUAGCUCUACUGCUUCCAUCUUCUGUGAUCCCCCUGUUCCGUGUUGCUGCAUCAAGACCGAUAAUGGGUGUCUACAAAAUUUCUCAUUUUGUUGAGUUUCUAGCAAUCAUCACAUUUAUUGGGAUGCUAGGAUUGAAGGUUAUGUUUAUGGUAGAAAUGAUAUUGGGGAAUAGUGACUGGGCAGGUAAUUUGAGGUGGAACGUGGGGGGUGGUUUAUCUUUUACUUGUGUAGUUUUUCUUGUCACUGCUUUUGCAUCCCUUUGUUUGAUGCUCUGGCUAUUAGCUACUCCAUUAAAGUCUGCAAAUGCUGCAUUAGAUGCUCAGAUCUCCAACUGGGUUACACCGGAGGCUAUACUUGAUAUGUCCACAGACAGAGAGGAAACUGAUUUAACUGAAACUGGAUAUCAUGGAGAGGCUCCUGUUCUGAAGCAAGAACCAUUUUCAGCACAUGGGAAGAGUCAUUCAGAUAUGCCAGUUGCAAAUUUUGAUCUUGAUUUGCCUGAAACUAUUAUGGAGCCUGAUCAAGAGCUUCUUUUGACUAAUGUCGAGGAAAAUCGCUCUAGUACAAUGCUUUUGAGCUCCCCUGUAUUGGCUCUGGAGGAAUCAGCAACCCUGGUAGAGUCAGUCGCAGUUUCAACAUUUUCUGAAGAGGUUUCUGAUAUUAAGUUGCUGGACGAUGGGACUUCCAAAAGUGGAUUAAUGGACCCUCUGGAGAAGACUCUCGGUGUUGAGGGAGAGCUACAAACUGAAAAAGAUGAUGAUGAGGGAGACACCUGGGAGCCCGAAGCAUCUAAAGGGGUUUCUGGGGGCACCCCAUCUUUGACAUCCGAGGGUCCAGGAUCUUUUAGAAGUCUCAGUGGGAAAGGUGAUGAAGGUGGCAGUGGUGCUUUAAGUCUUUCAAGAUUAGCAGGAUUGGGGCGUGCUGCAAGGCGUCAACUAGCGGCAGUUCUUGAUGAGUUUUGGGGACAGCUGUAUGAUUUCCAUGGCCAGGCUACUCAAGAAGCAAAGUCUAAGAAACUGGAUGUGUUGCUGAGAGUAGAUUCUAAGUCUGCCUCUUCAUCUCUAAAAGUGGAUACCACUGCAAGGGAGUUUUCUGGAUGCUUCCCAUCUAUGGGAGGUGGGGGAUCUGAUAAUCUAAUUAACUCAAGCUUAUAUGGUUCUCCCAAGCAGCAGAACAUGCAAAGGAGUUUAGAGUCAUCAUAUAGGGUUCAAAGGGGAACUUCCUCAUUGUGGUCCAACCACAUGCAAUUGUUGGAUGCAUAUGUGCAGAAUUCAAGCCGCAAUGUUGACUUUGGUGAGAGACGCUAUUCUAGUGUGCGCAAUAUACCAUCUUUUGAAAGCUUGGAUAAUCAGCCAGCUACAGUACAUGGUUAUCAGAUUGCAUCCUAUCGAAUGGCUAAAGACAGAAACUCUGAUCACCCGAAUAACCAGAUGGAGGCGGCAUCCUUGGGUGUUUCAAGCUACAGAGACUCGAUUACAUAUGCAUUGGGGCAAAAGAUGCAAAAUGGAUUAAGCUCUGAUCAGGCUUCUGGUUACCAGAGCCUGGCAAUAUCCAGAGAAAGUCCAUUGCAUUCAGAAAGACCGUAUUAUGAUCUUUGUUCUUCUGGACCGGCCGAGAGUGUGGUAAGUUCAGCCAACACGAAGAAGUACCAUAGCUUGCCAGACAUGUCAGGAUUCUCUGUCCCACCUCGGGAUUUGUAUGUACCUGAUAAGAGUACUCAAUGGGACAGUCCCAUUGGAUAUGGAUCCUCUGUUGGUAGAACUGGUUAUCCAAAUUCGGGAUCAAGGGCAGGACCUCCUUUGGCAUUUGAUGAACUCUCUCCAUCAAAAGUUUACAGAGCUGGUUUUACCUCACAAUUGAAUCCUAGUAUAGAUACUGGAUCCCUCUGGUCUAGACAACCUUAUGAACAGUUUGGCGUAGCUGACAAAAUUCGUACUGUUGGUAGCGAAGGACUUGGAAGUAGGUUAGGUUCAAUAACUCAAGAAGCUACUUCUAUUGUGGAUUCCGAGGCCAAACUUCUCCAGGGUUUCAGACAUUGCAUUGUAAAGCUACUGAAAUUGGAAGGAUCUGAUUGGUUGUUUAGUCAAAAUGAUGGGGCUGAUGAGGAUCUAAUAGACCGUGUGGCUGCUAGGGAGAGAUUUUUAUAUGAAGCUGAAACUAGAGAGAUAAACCGGGUAAUUCAUGGGGGUGAGCCUCAGUAUUUGUCUUCUGAGAGAAAGUCUGGUACUGCAAUGAGGAUUAAUGAGGCGAGUUUCAAUAACUUUUUGAUUUCGUCUGUUCCUCAUUGUGGGGAGGGCUGUGUUUGGAGAUCAGAUUUGAUAGUAAGCUUUGGGGUGUGGUGCAUCCACCGGAUUCUUGACCUAUCACUCAUGGAAAGCCGGCCAGAGCUGUGGGGGAAAUAUACUUACGUACUCAACCGUCUUCAGGGGAUCAUAGAUCUUGCAUUUACCAAACCUCGUUCUCCAAUGGUCCCGUGCUUCUGCCUUCAAAUCCCUGCGGCAUUCCCACAGAAGACAAUCCCGCCUGUUUCAAAUGGAAUGCUGCCCCCUGCUUCAAAACCAGGCAGGGGGAAAUGCACCACUGCAGGGAUGCUCCUAGAUAUGAUCAAGGAUGUAGAGAUUGCAAUUUCUUGCCGAAAGGGCAGAACGGGAACUGCAGCUGGUGAUGUGGCUUUCCCUAAAGGAAAAGAAAAUCUGGCAUCUGUCCUCAAACGCUACAAGCGUCGAUUAUCCAACAAACCUGUUGGUGCUCAUGACAGUUCUGGGCCACGCAAAGUUCUGGCAUCUGCUCCAUAUAGCUCAUAGAUUUUUACCCUUGGUUGGCUUCUAGUGGUUCAGUGAUUGUGGGGCUGCUUGAUUUUGGACAGCAGCUCAUGGUCUGGAUCAGUUGUCCUCAGUUGUUUGAGGACUCUCUCUCUCUCUCUCUCUCUCUCUCUCUGUGUAUCAGUGCUGCAAAUUUUAUUCCCAUGUGUGUUAUAUAUACAUAGGAUAAGAAUUGCUGGAUGUGUAAUUGCAGCAGAAUUAGUCAAAAUGGUUAGAAGAAAGGUGGGAAAUUGGUUAUUGCAAUUUUGUUGUUGGCUACUUGUCACUUUCACAAACGAAUUGAAGCCGCAAAUGCUCCAAAACGCCAGUGUUGCCUUUGCUAGUUACCAGUAUUUUUUCUUUCUUGUCCAGUGGCUUCCUUGGCUAAAGGUCAAGAAAAGGGUUAUUGGAACAAAGUCAUUAGUCAUUGAUCAAGAACUCAGACUUGGACAUCCUUGAUAGACGAUCCAUCUACCAGCUAGGGUUCCUGACAAAAGGUAGUGUUGAUUUGAUACAUGUGCUCUUGGUAUCUCUGCAUUUACCAAAUAAUAAGGCACCAAAGAGCUACCAAAGACAUUGCUGCUGUAGGUGAGCAACUGGUGCAAGUGCGUUUGGUGGAGCCAAGAAGGCCUAACAAAUGUUGCUGCAAGGUUUGUUAUUGCUAGUGUCUAGUGGUACAAUCAUGGAAAAUGUGCUCAUUGGUCUAUGCUAUUCUCUAAAAGAACUAAUCAAUCAAAUCAUGAUGAAGCUGCUCAUUGAUCUCUGCUAUAUACUAAAAAGAACCAGUUAAUAAAAUAUGGUAUUGAGAGUCAAGACUUUUCCGU